AUGAAUGGGCGCCUCAUAUCCGCCCGCCUCGCGCCACCCUUGCGCCAGGCUGCGCGCCACCUCCAUACACAUACGCCUAAUGUCUCAUCGAUAACAGGCACCCGCUCAUUGUCCCACGGCUUGCUCUCCCGACCCGCGCAGACCCUUCGCAUUCGGCGGCGGUGGCCCUCUGGUGCCAAUGCCAUUCACAAUGUCCCCGCCGUACGGUCAAUAUCCUUCGUGCGGAUACUACCCCGGUUAGCGUUGAAGAUGGCGCGGCUGCCUGCGCUCUUCGGUGCCAGCUGUUUAGGUGCUUUCGCGUAUGUUCAGUAUCAUGCAACACAAGCAGGAACUGCAGCGAUGGAGGCCGCGAAGAGAGGAUGGGACAGUGCAAAAGAUGUGGGAGGUCAGUGGUUCGAGGGCGGCAAGGGUGUCUUUGCGCAAAUGGGAACUGGUUGGGAGCGAACCAAAGAACAGGUCGAGGUGCCCGAGUGGAUGCGGACUAUGUUCGAGGCAAAGCCAGAGUCAGAAGGUGGAUCUGGUGGGGAGGGCGGCGGAGGGGGUCAGAAGGAGGCUGCUGCCGCCGCGGCAGCCACUGGUGCAGCGUUUGGUAUCGAAGGUGGCGACGAGGAGCGGAGCGGGCAGCAAAUUGCAAGAGACGACCAGAUGAUGAUGCUCACGAAGAAAAUGAUUGAGAUUCGAACGCUGCUGAAUACGGUCGGUCAGUCCGGCGCCCUGACACUACCAUCGAUCGUCGUGAUCGGGUCGCAAUCGAGCGGGAAGAGUUCGGUACUGGAGGCUAUUGUUGGUCACGAAUUCUUGCCCAAGGGCUCUAACAUGGUUACCAGACGACCGAUCGAGCUGACUCUCGUCAACACACCCGAAGCGAAGGCUGAGUAUGGCGAAUUCCCGGCCCUGGGGUUGGGCAAGAUCACCGACUUCAGUCAGAUCCAGCGAACCUUGACCGAUCUCAAUCUCGCCGUGCCAGCGGAGCAGUGUGUUACCGACGACCCAAUCCAGCUAUCCAUUUACAGCCCGAAUGUGCCUGAUCUGUCGCUGAUCGAUCUUCCUGGCUACAUACAAGUCGUGGGCAAAGAUCAGCCGUUGGAAUUGAAGCAGAAAAUCUCGGAUCUAUGUGACAAGUAUAUCCAGCCUCCGAACGUCAUCCUCGCCAUUUCAGCCGCAGAUGUCGAUCUGGCCAACUCGACCGCGCUAAGGGCAAGCCGGAGAGUUGAUCCUCGAGGAGAGAGGACGAUUGGUGUCAUCACCAAGAUGGAUCUCGUUGAUCCCGACCGAGGCGUCGACAUUCUCACAGAUCGGAAGUAUCCUUUACGGCUUGGCUACGUCGGUGUUGUCUGCAAGAUCCCGCAGCAGACAUUGUUCAGCCGCGGAGGCAACGUCACCAGUGCCAUUGUAAAGAACGAGAACGCCUUUUUCUCGUCGCACCCGAUGCAGUUCGGCCCAGAGACAGAACUCAAUGUUGGCACGCCCAAGCUACGGAAGAAGCUUAUGACAACUCUGGAGCAAGUGAUGGCCGCCAGCCUCGCCAGCACACGAGAUGCGAUCGUUCAAGAGCUUGAAGAGGCCAGCUACGAGUUCAAAGUGCAAUACAACGAGCGAGCACUGUCGGCGGAAUCGUAUCUUGCCGAAAGCCUCGAUGCAUUCAAGCACAAUUUCAAGGCUUUCCAAGAGAGCUUUGGCCGUCCCGAGGUACGAAGCAUGCUUAAGGAGGUCUUGGAUCAGAAAGUGCUUGAUCUGUUGGCGAAACGAUAUUGGAAUAAGCCGAUUGAGGAUCUUUCCACAAUUGAGGUUGAGUCCAAUCCGCUGGAGAAGCUGCCCAAGGCUGACACGAGCGACCCGUACUGGACGCGAAAACUCGACGCCAGUACUUCAGAACUCACUAAGCUUGGGAUAGGACGACUAGCAACCAUGGCCGUUGCCACAGAGCUACAGAAUCAGGUCAAUAGGCUCAUUGAUGUCUCUACAUUUGCCACCCAUCAAUCGGCUCAGAAAGCGAUCAAGGAUGCCAGUGGCACCAUCCUGAACGAUCGAUUCUACUCGACUUCGGACCAGGUUGAGAACUGCAUCAAGCCAUACAAGUUCGAGAUUGAUGUGGAGGACAACGAGUGGGCUAAGGGUCGCGAGAAUGUCCACAACGUGCUCAAGAAUGAGCUCAAGGCUUGUGACCUCGCGAAAAAGCAGCUCGAAGACGCCGUCGGUAAACGCAAGCUGAAGGACGUGACAUCCUUCAUCGAGAGGGUGCGGAAAGGAGACGUGGUCCUCGGAGGCGAUGUCAGUUCCGGCGCCGGCGGCUUCUCAGCAGAUCUGCUAGAGCGAGGCCGACAAGCAGUCUUCCUCUCCGACCGCGCCGCCAUUUUAAAAAUGCGCCUCCUCGCCAUCAAAUCCAAACAGUGCAGCAACAAGGCCAACAAGUAUCACUGCCCCGAGAUCUUCCUGGACGUGGUCGCCGACAAGCUGACCUCUACGGCCGUGCUGUUCCUCAACGUCGAGUUGCUCAGCGACUUCUACUACAAUUUCCCCCGCGAACUUGACUUGCGCUUAGGCAAGGGGCUCAGCGAGGCGGAGAUUGAGCGAUUCGCCAGCGAAGACCCCAAGGUUAAGAGACAGCUGGAUGUGAUUAGAAAGAAAGACAUGCUGGAAUUGGUGUUGCAGAAGAUCGAGGGAUUGAGGGCCUUGGAGGGGCGAGCAAAGCGAGAGGCUAGGGGAGAGGAGAAGGGUGCGAAGGGCCGGUGGAGCUUGUUCUGA